AGAAUUCCCACCUCCAGUCUGCUGUGUACAUUUGGGCGUUGUCAGUGUCUGCUUUGUUCAAUUUAAACGUGUCUGACAGCUGCCUGCAGAUGGUGAAAAAUUGAGUCCAGUACUGCCAUCUAGAGGGGUAAUGGGUAUUACUGGUUAUGAAACUAGACCAAAUCAUGACUUGGAAACACAUAGUUCCAGUUCUGAAAGGGUCGGUAAUAGCAAGAGCUUGUAAUGAGACAUUGAUAUCAAGUGAUGAUUUAAGAUGUUGAAUACUUUACUUACAUCAUGUAAAUUCUAUCUUACAGGUGAUAUUUGGACCAAUGUUUUCUGGUAAAAGGUAAGUUCAUCUAUAUGCAGUUAAGGAAGUGGCAGAACAAAACUCCAGUGGUAUUGAAUUGAUUUCUGGCGUAAAUUUGAUCGGUGUGCGGCUGAGAGGGACUAAUAACGUUUGGUGGUAAUGCUCUUAUUUCUAAUUCUGGGACACACUCUUAACUUAUAUCGCCAGCAUCCCUAUAUCAAACCAUUUUCAGGAAACCUUUCUCCACAUCUCACCCAAAACCAAGGAGUGAGUGCCCAGUCCAUAGCAUUUCACCACCUUAACGCUGCAAAAGUACGUGUAUCUAAAUAGUGGGACAAUCCACCUAUUCAUGAAUGCCUUCCUAGCGUAGUGUAGGUUUAGGGUCUAUGGAGGAAAUUAAAUAUUCACUAUUCAAUCAGGGUACCAGCCACAAAAUUGGCAUGCAUGGAACUUGUUUAGAUCGGAUGGGCACACGCCCGUACCAAUCAUCUAUGGUAUAAAUAGCUAUUGUCUGGCAUGAGACUUAUCUACAUUUACACUACAGCCAUCUGAGUAUUCCCUUCUUACUGAGGGACAGCCAUUUCAUAAUGUGCCCAAUCACAGAUAUUACUGCAUGUUUCACAUUAUCCAAUGCUUUACUGUUUUGUUUUUUAAACUGUAUCGGUAACAUGUCUUGUUAAUAGCGUACUGGGGAAAUGUACAAUGAUAUCAUGGAGUUAUCCAAUAGGGCCAACUUAGAAUGAGUAAACUAUGGUGUUGACUAAAAAUACCUUUAUUCUACUUGAACAACACAUGUUUAGUCCUAGAUUGUAAUUGCUAUCAGUUACUCAUACCGUGAUCACACACUUCAUAAAAACAUGGUCAACUUCAUUAUACUUUAUUUUGCUUGUUGUACAUUGUUACAAAUGUCAUACUAUAUGUAACUGUGAAAACAUUUGAUAAAAUAGACAUGUGGUAGAGCAGUUCACUUAGUAUGUAUUUAUUUAUUUUUAGCACCGAGCUAAUGCGCAGAGUCCGUCGAUUUCAGAUUGCUCAGUACAAAUGCAUGGUGAUCAAAUACGCCAAGGACACACGUUACAGCAAAGAGCAUCUUUCCACACAUGACAAGUGAGUUAUACAUCCAUGUUACAACUUUUAACAUAUCUACCCAGCAGACUAAUACUUUCCUUGUUACAAAGGGCAGUCAACUCUGCUGCAGAAAUUGGCUUUUAAACUGUCACAGGGUAAAUUCUACUGAUAUACCUUCUACUGUAAUGUGUACUAUAUAAAAUAUACAUAUACCAUAUACAUACUGCACUUGCCACUUCCUGAUAUUAUUGGAUCUUUCCUAUAAUUUACUGACAAUGCACAUUUUUAACAGAAACACAAUGGCAGCAGUUUCUGCAUGCAUCCUGCAAGAGGUUUCUAAGGAAGCUCUGACCUGCAGUGUGAUUGGAAUUGAUGAAGGGCAAUUUGUGAGUAUCUGCUCUUAUAUUAAGUUACUUUUUAUUCUGUUCCUUAACCAUUCUUGACUAUUCACAAAUUAUCUGUCUGCAGUUCCCUGACAUAGUAGACUUCUGUGAAGAAAUGGCCAAUCAGGGGAAAACUGUGAUCGUGGCUGCCCUGGAUGGCACAUUCCAGAGGAAGGUAGGCAGAGUAUAAUGAGCACUGGGCAAUAAACGUAUAGCCUUCCUGUAGAUUGUUUAAUCUUUGGCUGCUUCAUUUGGCUGUGACAAAUUAAGUACUCUUUCUGGUUUAUCUAGGCGUUUGGUGAUAUUCUUAAUUUGGUACCUUUGGCAGAGAGUGUGGUGAAGCUGAAUGCAGUCUGCAUGGAGUGUUAUCGGGAGGCUGCUUACACCCAAAGAUUAGGAACAGAGAAAGAGGUAUGUUUUUUUUUUGUUUUUUUUUUUCCCCUGUAGCCUUUUUUAAAAAUUUUAUUUUUAUGAAAAUUUGAAUUCCUGAGGUGGCAUGUUUGCAUGGUAGUGUUACAUUGCAGGGUUAAUCCAGUCUCCUAGAGGCGCUUCUGCGACGCUGGAUGCGAAAAUCACAUUCAGCGUGCAGAACGUCCAUAGGAAAGCAUUGAGAAAUCAGUGGGAGGCAAGGUCACCAGUGCUGAGGGAGCCCAGCAUUGGAUUAAGGCAAGUAACCCCUUCAGCACCAAGGGAGGGGGGGGGCCUAAGGGUUAUAGUGUCAGGAAAAUUAGUUUGUUUUCCUGACACUAGUGAUCCUUUACUAUACAUAGUACUUCUCUCCUGUAAGUGCAGGCUUGUGAUCCACCCCAGUUUUUAUUUAUGUACAACAUAAAGUGUAUCACUUUAGUUCUGCCAUCAAGGAUUAAUUGUAAGACCUUUUUAAUAGUGAGCAUUCGUAUUCUUUACUCAUCACAAUUUCUCUAGAAACCUACUUGCCCAGACAGGUCCAUUCCAUUCUAAAAGCAUAGAUUCUCGAGACCUUUUUAAUGUAGCCAUUGUGGUUGGGGUGUCAUUACCAAAUAUUAAAAAGUUAGGAUUCCUAGCUUUCAUUCUAGGCUCUCGACAUGCUACAUGUACAACUUUCCAUUCAUUUUAUUAGCUAGAGGACGACGUUUAACACCAAAUGACAAUCCUUUUCCAAUUACUUACCUAUGCCUCGUAUCUUUGUUUAGAUCUGCAUUAAUUUUGACACUGGCAUAAUGAGUAAAAUAAAACAACUUUGUCUUGACUGAUCUUAUAAAUCUAAUCACUCUUACUUUAUUUUUGUGCUUAUUUGAUAAACUCUAUGUAAAACACCUGAAAUCUAGAAUGACCUAGCUGGGUUAACAUGCUUUAACUCAGUUUUCAGAAGAUCAGCAUUUAUAUGCAGGAAGGAAUCCAGUAUAUUGCACAAACCAAUAUUUCAACAGUGUACAAUAUAUGUUGUGUAUGUACUAGGCUUAGUUUGUUCAUAUGCAUUUUGUAUCUUUGUAUGUUCUGCAUUCAUGAUUUUAUUUUUUAAUUUUAUUGAAAUUUAUUUUUCAUAGUAUCAAAAGAAUCAUGUAACAAAAUAUAUUCGAUUGAUAUAAUAGACACGACAUUUUAUAAAGACUGUCUGAGACGGACUCUGUCACAAGACCAAGAGAACCCUCCGUCUAUACAGAGCAAAGAGGAUUUCUAAUAUUUCGCAGCCUUCUAGAUACAAGUCUUAUUAAAAUAUAACAAUACAAAAUUCGCCCGCUUGUAACCACUAUUAUUGGAUAUUUUUACACUGUUAGAGUACCAUUCUCUUUUUGGGGGGAAAAACCGUCCUAUUAUGUCUUUUUUUUUUUUCUAUUGUCAGUUGAAAUAUAAUUUGAUCAAAGGGGAUUUCUGGAAUGGGUUAGAGGACUUCCAAUGUCUAGCAAUAAUGAUUUUAACUGUACCAAAGCAGUUAAAAUUACUUAUAUCAUAUUUAAAUCAAUAUAUCUGACUUUAAUUGCCAAUUCAAUUGUAGAAGGGCGGAAGCUGGAUUUUUAUUGAGUUUAAGUGUAACUGUGUAGAAGAUAUUAAAUGCCCACACCCAAAGCGCUUUGACUAGUGGACAGGCCCACCAUAUAUGAAUGUAUGUGCCUCCGUGCGUGCCACAUCUCCAAAUAGAAUCGUAUGUAUUGUACAUUUUGGCCAGUCUUGUUGGGGUAAAAUACCAUCUGUGUAUGACCUUGACAUGGCAUUCAGUCAGAUUAAGACAAUGUAUAUAUUUGAUUGCAUAAAUUUUAAAUGUUCUUUGUUACAGGUGGAGGUCAUUGGAGGGGCUGAUAAAUACCACUCUGUUUGCAGACAAUGCUAUUUCCAAAAGCAGAGCCCAAGUGGAGGCAAAGAAAACAAUCAACUUCUAAAUGUUAUGGACACUACCCCUUAUAACAAUAUUUUAAAAAGAAAAUCCCAGCGGACACCACUAACCACGCUACCACACUCACAGAACAUGGUAUCCUGACCAAAUUGUACGGUUUCGGCAACGCCUGUACCUGCUUUAUUCCAGGGGUAUCAUACUGCAACUUCCCAAGUUGUAUUGGGCUACAGCUCCCAUAAUAACAAUCACUGUAUACUGAACCACCUGUAGGGAACCUGCAGCUAAACAUGGUCCGUGGGGUUGGAGAAACAAAAUGUGCUGGGAAUAUUUAAUAAUGUGCUUAUUAAUAAACUUUUUAUUGUGUAACUUCUUCCCUGGGAUCAUACAUUACUGGGAAGAAAAUAGCUUUUGUUUUAUGUAGAGAGCUGCUGAUGAAAUUGCUGUGGAAGGUUUAUUAAUACUGUAAACUGGGCAGAGCAGCCCUUAAAAGAGGAGUCUAAUUUAAAUAUGAAAAAAUGAACAGCCCUAGAGGAAUUAACUUGAUACAGUACUUUGUGAACUCUCAUGUUCCUUCCAUUUGACAAGUGCAGAUUUCAACAGACAUUACCACUUUAACAAUUAUCCUUGUAAUACCACCCAGCUGUCAGACACCUGUUCCUGUUACUUCUGGGUUUGGCUAGCUCAGAGGAGAUAAACGUAGGAGACUGCAAUUGCCCAGAGCACCUGCCUUGUGAAGACUUCUUAUUGAGCUGCAUUGGGAAGUCUGUGAUUGGACAGCCAAGUCUGGGCAGGUUUAGAAUGAGAAGGCUUGAAAAGACGGCAGACGAGAUCUUGUCUGUUGCUGCACUCUGUACAGAGCCCCAAACUGGCUCUGGAAGAAACAUCAGCACAAAAACUAUCAGGAGCUUUAAGAAAUUUGUGAAAAACAAUAGAAAAUAAAGUGAAUAAAUCCCUAAGUUGGUAGGUGCUACUAUCGCCUUUGUGGGCCACACAAACCACAAACAAAGUGAAUAAUACAAGAUAACUGAUAGGUGAGAGCACACAAAACAAAGAAAUACUACCCACACUGUAGUCAAAU